CAGCAGCAGCAUCAGCAGCAUCAUCAUCAGCAGCAGCAUCAUCAUCAGCAGCAGCAUCAGCGCUCGUGUGGCUCAACGAGCCCCAGCGUGGCGCUGAACCCCACGGACGCGAGGGGUGGGUGAGUGUCCCUCUGCUGUCAUCCGCCGCCGCUUAAGUUUUCCCCCCCCACCUCCGAUAAAAAGUCGGCUUCACGAAUAUCUCCAGGAUCGUCGUCGAACUUCCGUAAGAAGACGAAAACAACGUUGGCCGAGUGUGGCAGCGAAGAUUAUUGAAGAUCGCAGAGACUCGGCAGGGCGACUUGGGGGGGAGGCGGUCACCGCUCACCACCCCCAGGGCACCAUGAGCAGCCACCAAGGCCUCAACCUCCUACACGCGCAAUGCGGGUACGACUCUGAGUUGAGCGAGUGUGGGAGCGAAGUGGACACAUCUGAACGCCAGGACUCCAGACGGCUUAAGAAAGAUGAUCCUUUAUUCAAGAAGCCGUUUGCGAAGAAUCGCAACUGCAAACUUGUACCCAAAAGCUUUGCCGCACAGGAAUAUGACAGGGAGGAGGCCAAGCAUCACCGCACACAGUUGCUUGCUAUGGAUGCCUUUUCACGACACAAGAAAUUUGUCAACGACUACUUGCUCUACUACGGCGGGAAGAGGGAGGAUUUCAAACGGGUCAGUGAUCGAGACAAGACGGACAUGGAUGUCAUCCGGGAGAAUCAUCGCUUCCUGUGGGAAGAGGAGGAUGAGAGAAACAUGACCUGGGAAAAGAGGCUUGCCAAGAAGUACUAUGACAAGAUGUUCAAGGAGUACUGCAUAGCUGAUCUGAGCCGCUACAAAGAGAACAAGGUGGGCAUGCGCUGGAGAAUAGAGAAUGAGGUCAUUUCUGGAAAGGGGCAGUUUGAGUGUGGAAACAAGCGCUGCCAGGAGUCGGAGGGCCUGAGAAGCUGGGAGGUGAACUUUGGUUACGUGGAGGCUGCCGAGAAAAAGAACGCCCUCGUCAAGCUGAGACUCUGCCCAGAGUGUUCCAACAAACUCAAUUAUCAUCACAAAAAGAGAGAGGUGAAGAGGAAAAGAAAGCAAGAAAAGGAGGAGGAGCGGAGGAUUCGUAAGGAGAAGCGGCGUCGUUCCCACCACGGAGAGGGGACUCUGUCAGACACCGUGGAUGAUGAGGAGGAGGGGUCUUCUUCGGAUGAGAGCAGACAGCAGGUGGAUGCAGUGGCAGAAGGGUCUGGAGCAAGCAAGGAGCCCAAGAAGCCCAAGGAGAUGUCAGAGUCCGAUUACUGGAAGGGUCCAGUGCAGGAGACCGAGGAGAAGUGCAGGGAGGAUGAGUUUGAAGACUACUUUGAGGACAUGUUCCUUUGAGAGGCGUCUGCGUCACCUCACACCGCGCUCGGCUGGUUUGCCGCACCACUUGCGGCGCCUUCCUCGCCACGUUCGACACAAACUCUACCACGCCACGUGUGGUGCACGCGGCGUGGUAGAGUCAAACUCAUUUCACAGAAUGACAAGGUGACGGAUAUGAACCUUAACAGCAUUUCAUUAUACGGCUCGUGUGAUGGUAGAUUGGAGAAGAGAAACACAAUUGUGAAAAAUUAUGGAUGAUAUUGGUCGCGAGAGCCCUCCGUGUUAAACUGGUCAGUUUUGUUGUUGUUGAUGUUAUUGCUGUGUGGUCUAAUUGGCACACUUUUCUUGAGGGGAGGUUGGAUUGGCCUUUAUAUUAGCCUCCAGCUUCUUACGUGAGAUGGGUUUCCCCUCGAUGACACUCGGAGUGAUGACUCCACCACUUAACGCUUGCUUCCCGCUCUCGCGUAAUUAGCUUGCGACUGUCGUUCGUGCAAAUGACGCCAGAAUUAAUGCCUCUGUAAAUGCUUAAUCCCCCAUUAUCCUUGUACAGGAUAAUUGUGAUAUGAAUCCCGCUGCAAGGCACAGUCAAGUUGCAGCAUUGUAUGUUUACUUUGUCUUCAUUUUUGUGAAAUACAAAUUCAAUUUUACAGUUGAAUCACCCCAGAUUUGUUUUGUGUGUUUCUCUCUCAGUGAGUACAGUUAAGUCUCGAUUAUCCGUGGGCAGAUUAUCUGGAUUUAGGAUUAACCGUGCUUGCAAAAUGAUAUCUUUACACAUGCGAUGGAACGGUUCUCUUAUUAGCCGCUAUUACGUUAAGAAACAAUAACAGAUGGCACAAUAGGGCUUCACCUCCAUUUUCCAUGGGUAUACAAUACGUUUCUAUCGUCUAAUUCACACAUUACUUGUGCAAUCUUUGGUUUAUUUUAUUUUAUCCGGACCCUCUCUCCUUCAGCACCGAUAUUCGAGAACGGACUCGAUUUUCACUUCUCUUUAACACGAAUCGUAUCGAAUCCACAGUGCUGCAUCAUAUACAUAUACUGUCAUUUUAGUACAAGCUACCUUCGAUGCAACUGCUCAUUUUCUGACAUGCCAAACUUUUGUGUCCCUUUUUAACGUGGACCUUCCCAUGGGGCAUUGUGGCUGAGUGCUUAGUAAUCUCAAGUGUGAAUGUCCAGGUGGGAACACAAAAUGUCAUUGAAAUAUAUUACCCGGAUUAUUUUUCAGAAUGUCUGGGCAGCCAUUAUUUUGAUCACGUUAUUAAUAUGCUAACUGCCCACUAGUAUACGGUAUUGGGUAAACUGUGACAUGACCGAGUGAAAGCGCGCUCACCACUUGCUGCAAAGGUUCACAGUUCAAAUUCAGUGGCCGCCCUGAUUAAUACUGCAGGUGUAUUAACUGUCAAAAAUAUACGCGGUCUGCUUCACAGAUGGAUGUUAAAGAUCCUGUGACGUCUUUUGUAAAUGUAGGCCAGUGUCAUGGUCCAAACUUGACAAAACACCCGUGAACAAAUUGAUUGGGAUUAUACAAAGCCAGUAUUGCCCGUUCUGGUGGACCAAAGAGCUUGUGCAAUUGUUGAUUUCUGGCUUCCUUCCCACUCGUCUGGUUUCAUGACCUAAUGAGCCAGAUGGACCAAAUGCUUGCCCCCCUUUCGUUCGUAAUCAUCCUGCUGAUCUGAAAUUAGUCAUGAGAAUAUCUCAACCUCUGAAUUCAAAUCAAACAAGCACAGUGAGAAAAUGCACGGACACAUGAGUGGUGUGUGGAAAAUAAAUUGGCAUGUAUACACAACCAGAAAGUCUCGCAAGAUCGCUGACAUUCAUCUGCAUUUCACGUGAGGCACAAGUGAUAUUCUGUGAAAAAAAAUGCCUAAUGCCACUUGGAGCCAAGAGAAUUUGUAAAUCACAUGGCAGAUCACCCCUUGUGAUUGAAUUGGAGUCUUGUGCUUCCCCAAUUAAAGUCACACGGCUGCUUGUCCCAGGGCCAGCAUGAAAGAGCAGGUUGUGAAGCUGUUGCGUUGAGGUGGGGUUUUUUCAGGUCAGUUUUGUACUCGCAUUUAAACCUCUCCCUAAUCCACACACUGCAAUGUAUGUCCCCUUACCCCUCGACAUCAUCUGGUGCCCCAAGAUGAUGGGGUCUGUUAAUCAGGCACCAAGAGCUUACUAACUCCAAACUCGUUGUGCUCUUGCUGGCGUCUGUGAAGAAGGGGGGGCGGGGGGGUUUGGAGAAAGCAACGCUAUCCCCUUUGUUCUGUCGUAGCGUGCCUCCAGCCCAGCUGUACUUUCUGUCUGCGAACUGGGAAUAGAUCUUGACAUGUGAGCCGCUCCAUGGGAAAAAAGCGCCCAUUUUGCAUCAACUUGCUGAAAGUUCAACGAUUUCUUUAUCAGCAAAAUGACCCACGUAAAUUUGUUGUCUACCAUUUCAGUCUGCAUAAUAUGCAAAAUGAACAAGGUCUAUUAAUGAAAUUUGAACGUCCAAAGCAAAGCAGAUGUGGCAUUUGAAAGUGGCUUAAUAAGGUCAUGGCAAUUAAUAUUAUUGCAGUAGCGAGUGGUUUAGAGCAUGGAAGGUUGCAAGUUCAAAUCUGGUUUGGGGUUGACUUAACCCUUCACCAUUCUGGGUAAAUGAAAUAGGUAUUUUUCGGGAAACCAGCAGUGGUUAUCCUAUUAAUAGACUUGCCUCCGGCAUGGAAUUGUGGAAUAAAAACCAUUGACUCGUGGCUAUGAAUAGGAGAUGCGCUCCUCACAUUUGAGUGGUAAGCCAGCGAAGGUGACAUUUCACCACGACUAUGAAUCCUCGUCGCAGUGAUAGAAUGUGAUGUCAAGGUUCACACGGGAGCCUUUUGGCUGUGCUGCUCCUCUGUUUGAACAACGUAACGUGGGCCCUACGUUGGAGUGGAGGCUGCCCAACACCAUUCCACAAGAAUAAUACUGCAGCAGCAGAGCAACUCAUCCUCACUGGAGGUUUUCAACAAGUGGUAGCUUGUGAGCUUGUGAAUGAAAGUACUCAAUCACAAUAUAAAUUCAUAUUGUUUUUGUAUUCAUUUUGGACCCUCUGUAUUGAUGGAGCAAUUGCAUGCAACAUAUCAGGGCCUUGCUGAUGAAACUGAAAGUGUAAAUCAGUCCAAGGCUGUGAUUUAAACAUGCUGUGGGGAGAAUGUUUCAGCGGAUUGUGUUUCACAUGUACUGUCUGCAUAUCUGUAUGUUUGUGAAACAGUUGCGGAACAUUGUAUUUGAUACAUGCAUAGGUGUGUUUUGGGAAUAAUCCUGCGAUUGUUUAAGAGAUGAUUACGGGUUAUUGGCAUUGUAUUUGGGCUCUAUAUUAAGUUGAGGUUAGUGUUGAGGUACUUUUCAUUUUGAAGUGUAUACUCGAAUACGAACUAGUCACGCCUCCAUCAUAUGGUACAUUUCCAUGAGGUUAUUUACACAUCGAAUCUCACUGGUUUUCAUUUAUUGGUUGUAAUGGUACCUCUUUUUUAUGAACUGUGACGCGUUACAGACAGCUACGUAGAAGAUAUAUCGAAGUACCUGUGAACAUUCGUAAAUGUGAUUGGCAGCACUGCGCCAUUGUUCGAGAUUCAAAAGUUCAAGAAAGAAAUGUUUUGUAUUUGUAAAAUAAUGUACAUAUUGAGAGCUGUACAUAUACACAUUGAGGGCUUGUAAAAGUUCACGGAGACUGAAUAAUGGCUGUAUAAUGUUUUCUUGUCGGGAAAUCAAUUAUUGAAGAAUGUGCCCAUGCAUGCUGACGAUAACAUUUUGGUAUCUACUUUGUCACUUGUGCCAUUUGUCCUUCUAUACACUUUAUUUAUAUCGACUUUCUCUGCUUUUCUUGAUCUUGCUCUUCUAUAGUUAUUUUGUAUUGUGUUGCUGUAACUUGCUGACCCGCCCCUACUGGACAUUGUGAAAAAGAGCUUCAUAGCUCAUCGGAUUAUUCCCGUCUAAAGAUGCUGAUUCUGAACUUUGGCUUACGCAGGAGUCAUUUUGAUGCAUACGCCAUUCCAUGUUGUCAUGUACAGUUCCCAAUGAUCAUACACAACCUGAAUUCCCAUUGUCUUCCAGCAACCACAUAUAUACUGCACAGUAUUACAUUUACUGACAAAAACAAAGCAGAUACCAUCUUCCAUCAAGUCAAUCCCAGCCGGGAGAAGCCUCAAGGCCUUCCCUCCCGCCCACCUACCCCCCUUGCCGAGUCAGAUGCCCCAUCGCACAACGUCAUUCAAACCAAGCAAGAGAUCUACUGUGGAUAAUAGGGUUAAGUUUAGCACGUGUCUUGUAAUACUCAACUGCAAUGUACAACUGCACCAUUGCAUAUGCAUGUAUUGGAACGCUGAACGUUGCACAUUAAUAUAUCAGCAUCGAAGCAGCAGUCGUGCUUUCUUGGAAUCGUCAAGAUGUCAUGGACAGAAAUAUGACAAUUACUGAUGGGCUGAGAAUGCCAGAACAACCGAGAUUGGAUUUUGAUGAGAAUAUGUACAGCUUUUAAUGAGCACACAGCAGGAAUCAGCAGGAAUGCGUGCUCUUGUCUUUACAGGAACGGCGGAAGGAUACAGCUGGGACGAAUUGGGGUUGUACUUUUGCCACUUAUGAGAAAGUAAAAUAAAGCUUUAUAGAAAAUAA